AACCAUCGAGGAAGAGCGAGCAAUCAAGAAAGCAACUUGUCUGCAGCAAGAAACUCAUCACCAGGCAUCAUGAAGACUCUGACUCUGCUCUCCAUCUGCGCCCUUCUGUCAGUGUGCUGGUCCAUGGGAGCUGUGGAACCAGAGGUUAUCGUGGACCCUGAUGCUGACACGGCUGCUGAUGCUGACACGGCUGCUGAUGCUGACACGGCUGCUGAUGCUGCACCUGCCGAUUCCUCCUCCUCCUCUGAGUCCGACUCCAACUCUUCUUCUGACUCUUCCUCCGACUCUUCCUCGGCAUCCGAUUCCAACUCAAGCGCUGACUCUUCGGCCUCCGAUUCAUCCUCCUCCUCCUCCUCCUCCUCCUCAGAAUCCUCUGAGUCCUCGUCAUCUGAGUCUACUGAAUCCUCUUCCUCUGAGUCCGCCUCCUCCGAGUCCAAUUCUGCCUCUGACUCGUCUGCCUCCUCUUCCUCAUCCUCCUCAUCAGAGUCAGAGUCAGUGAGCACUGAGGCUCCUCCAGUGGUUAUGAAGAGAGACCUGGCUGCUGUUCUCCUGAGGAGAAGAAGAGCGGUAGGAGCCCUCACCCUUCUGCAGCUGGAAAGCCUGAAAGAGGUGUGUGAGUUGAGCGUGGCCUGUGACGAGAUGGCUGAGACCGCAGGUAUCGUCGCUGCAUACACCGCCUACUAUGGACCUGUUCCCUUCUAAGUUAAAGACUUUUUCUUCAUGUGUGAACUCUUCUCUUUGUCCUCUUUGUAAUAAUGGUGCAAUAAUCCCCUGAAAUACAAAAAAGGAGCAGAUCAUUUUAAUAAAAACGGGUUUGACCUGUGCUAUAGUACUGGAUGGAGGUUUUUUUAGGGACAGAUCCUUGCAAAUCUGACCAGCUUUAGUUGUCCAGUAUGAAAAGGCAUCUUCCAGGGUUUCAGAGAGCGGCACAUGGAAACACGAGUCUGUAAAGUAUGCAGACGCCCACAAGAAUUUUAAUUAUUCUUUUCAUCUCUCGGGUAAAAAAACAAAACAAUGAAUGGUGCUACAAAUGCAAUUGUAUUGUAUGUUAAUAUGUUAAUGUUUUUAUUUCAUGCUUUAAUUCUACACAUAGUAGUUGUAGUGAGUAGUGGAUGUAGUAGCAACUUCUUAUAGGUACUGUAGUUUUAGUAGUGUACAGUGGUUGUUAAAUGCACAUUAGUUAUUUGUAAUGACUGUAACCACAAAUUGCCUCUGAAAAUAAUAAAUUAUUUUGUGUUGUGGAA